AUGGCGCUUGUGUUCCUCUCUGUACACGUGUGUUUUGAAUAGUUGUGUUUUGGAAUUACGACGUUUCCGAAAUGGGUCGAAAAAUACCUGGAAAAAAACACCGAGGUAUUAAAGAUCGUGAAAAACAACAUGCUGAACGAUGGGCACAGUUAAGUACAAAAAUAAAUGCACCUCCAAAAAAUAUUGAUGAUCAAGAAAUUCCUAAAAGUUUAGAAAAACUCAUUAAAUUAAAAAAUGAAGUUAAAACAGGAAAAAUAUCAGAAGUUAAAAAGAAGAAGAAAAAUAAAGGAACAAAUAAAUUAAUCACUUUAGGACCACAAAAAUCAACGAAAUUGGACCCCAACUAUAAACCAGAAAAAGUUGUUCCUCUAUUCAAUCAAAAACCCGGUGAAUCAAUGUAUGUCUUUUGGAAUCGUGUAAAUAGAGAAACUCAGAAUUUUCUAAGCGAAUCUACGUUUGAAAAUAAAUAUGAUGUACAAGUGAAGAGAAAUAUAGAAACCGGAGAAAUUGAAGGUUUAGAGAAGAGGCCUAAAGAUGAAAUCGAUGAAUUAGCAAAGUUAAAAAUGAAACACAAAAAUAUAGGGAAGAGAAAAAAAAAGAAAAAGUUAGAAGAACCUAAGUUAACGAAGGUGGAAAAAAGAAAACUAAAAUUACAAUUGAAAAAAGAGAAAAAAUUAGAAGAAAAAGUGGAUGAACUAGAUAAGAAAGAAACAAUAAAAUUUGGAGAAGUAGUUCAUGAGCCUCCGAAUUUGAAAGUAAAACCAGUUAAAGCAGACAAGUUAAUAAAACCAGCGCAAAAGAAUUUACUUCUCAAUUCACUUUUCAAGCAUAAAAAUACUGACACUUCUAAAUCUAAAUCACUGCCUUUAGACAAAACAGUCAAAAGAAAAAAAUUACCGUCAGCAGAAAGAAGAAUGUUGGAAAGCCAACAAACUAGUGUUAUUGAAGCAUAUAAAUUAAUGAAGGCACAGCAAACACAAUAUAAAUACAAAAUAAUUUAGCUGUUGAGGUGAGCUCAGUUGACAGAGUUGUGGAUAAACUGGAAUGCCACGCCUUAUUAAAUUAACUCUCUCUCUAGUUGCAAGUUGCGACUGAUUGAAGUAAUUAAUUCAAAUGACAUGAGGACAGAGGAGAUUAAAAGCGACAACGAAAUAUACAUUAUCACAAUAAUAAAUGCUAAGAAUUUCAUCGUAGAGUACAAAGGUUAACUCUAUUUUACAUCACUCGAGCAUUGAAGAGGAUUGAAGAUUCACAUUCUAUUUGGAUUAUUAUGUGGAUAUUUUUUGGAUAAAACAAGUUUCGAAAUAGACUAACUGCACGAGAUGAAAUAUUUUCGAUAUUAAUACACUUCAAUUAACAGUUUGCUAACAAGCAUAUAACAAUUAACGAAUUAUUAAAAGCUAUGUGAGAGAUUUAAUCAGUCAUGGAGAAGAAAGCUUGGCUAUCUUGGAUCUCCACUGUCCGACAACGGUUCAGGGACGAAGAUCAGUGGAUAAAUUUUCUAGAAAGCCACCCAGCUGAGCUCUGUCUAAAAUUUUGAUAAGAAACUUUCGUGAACAUUCCAAAUUCAAGAUAAUCCAGCGACAAACUUAGCCGACCUUAACAAGGCUUUGGUACGUACGUAAACACGUGAGUUAAUUCUCUUCUUA